AUGCCCGCUCGCUCCGCCCUCCUCGCCCUCGCCGCAGCCGCCCAAGCGUGCCCCGCGUCGGCGGUCACACUCGACGCCCGCCGCACGCUCUCCCGGGCGGAGGCGCGGCGCGUGUACGACGGCUUUGCGCGGAGAGGCCACAUCGGCGGCCGCGACGCCUCUGGCGGGUACGGCGGGCCGGCGGUCGAGGCGCUCCUCUCGAUGGCGGCCUUCGCCGACGCGGAGAGCUGCGUCGAGUUCGGCUGCGGCCAGGCCAAGCUGGCCAACCUCGUGCUCGCCGAGCACCCGUCGCUCCGCUGGAGCGCCGUCGACCAGAGCCCGGAGAUGGUCGCGCUCGCGCGCGCGGCGAUGCGGCCGCACGGGCGCCGCUUCGCCGUCGCGCUCACCGGAGGCGAGCCGGAGGCGGCCGCCGUGCCCCAGCGCGUGGACCGCUUCGUCUCGACGUACGUGCUCGACCUGCUGUCCGAGCGGGACAUGCGCGGCCUCCUCGGCCGCGGCCGCGCGCACUCCCGGACAU